AUGAUUGCCGCUCCCACAGCUUCCACUCGUAUAAAUGUGACUAUUUUCUAAUUAUCAAAAAAAGAAAUCAGAUACUCUAACUUUAUCAUUUUUUUAUUGGAUAAGAUAAGAAAAAUAUUUACAUAUAAUAAUUACAGGAAGGCCGCAAAAAGUACGAAAAGUCCGUUGAAAAGCAUGUCGACAACGUUAACGCUCAACUCGACCACCAUUUACAGCUAAUGGUUUUUUUUUGUUAAAAUUCUCACUUCAGGAUUUAUCAUACUUCCAAAAAAAUUUUCGAAAAGGCUUGCGAAAAUCUGAAAAGUUCUUCAUUCAAAAUUUUGUAUAAAAGAUAAAACUCUCUUUAGUUCUAUAUUUAAAUAUUUCAUUUCCCUUUUCGAAAGCUAAAAAUUUCACAACCUUUUUUUUUUAAAUUGACCUCGUUUCUAGUUGUUAACACAACUGAAGCUGUUUACAUCCUCUGAAAAAAAGUCUGACUACGUUUGCCAAAAAAACAGGUGAAAUAAAUCAUAGUUCCUCAUAGGGGGGGUGAUGAACGAACAGAAAUUUUUUUCCACCUGUUAAAGCUUCUAUUUUUCCUACUACCCUAAAUAAGAUUUUUUCCGAUCAUUUAAUCUUUUUUUAACUUUUUAGAAAACGAAUCUUUUCGACAGCAACAAGUCCCUACAAGAAAUCACUACCAAAAACGAGAAGCUUGCCAAAAACAACGAAAAAAUCGAAGAAAAAAUCGGAAAAGUCCAGAAAGAACGCGAGAAGUUUCUCGAAAGGCUCGAAACACUACGAAAAAACGAAAAAGAGGCCACAAAAAGGUUCAAGAAUAUGGAGGAAAUGAUUCUUCAAGCAGAAAAUGAUAGUCAGUUUCUUUUUUUCUUCAUCCUGGUUAUUUAAAAAAGAAACCAGAAAGUUUUUUUCAGGUUACCAAAUGAAGGCACAAAUUACACGAAUCGCCACGAAAAAACAAGAUAUGAGCGAAAAAUUAGUGAAAACUGAUAAAGAACUUGAAAAAAUCCUGACCAAAAACGAAGACUUGAAAAAGGCAUUGGAGGAUUUGAAGCAAAAUGAAGUUCACCAGGUCAUUCCCAAUUGAAAAAAGAAAAGAGAAAGAUGGAUUGCAGGAGUCGAAAAAUGCGAGAUUUUUGAAUGAAAUUCAAAGUUACGAGCGGCAAGUUGAAGACUUGCGGGAAAAAAUUGGCUUGGAACUAGAGUAGGUUUCCCUUCUUUAAUUCAAUAACUCUAACCAAGCUAAGAAGCUAAGAAAUAAAGACAUUAUUAUUACUUUUUUUUUAGAAAGAAGCAAAUUCGAAAAGAAAACUCAGAACAGGUAAGACUCAUUUUCUGAAAUAAGAAUCAGACGUUAUUCCAGCACACAUUAUUGAAAAAUCGCAAAGAAGUGGAAGUGUUGUACAAUGAAGAAGAAGAAGAAAGUGAUCGAGAAGACAUCUUCUCAAAGGGGCGCAGAAGCCAAAGUUUGCCUCGAAUUACGGUAAUUUAAAAUAAAACCUCAAAAAACGAGGGUUAAAUGACUGCCGCUUUGAAAAUCUAAACGAUCGAUAAUAAUUAUAGGAAAUAAGAUCAAGUGCGUCGAGCAGUGGAAAAAGCGAGAUGAGCAAGACUUCACAACCGGAAGAGGUUCGUCCCAAUUAUAAUGAAAAGUUCGCAGUAUUUUCGAUACUUCCUGGCUUGCUCAUGGGAGGAACAGUCCAGAGCGUGUCUAACCGAAAACUACUUGCGUGUGGAUCCAUAAAGAUAAUAGGAAAAACUGCUUAGAGUCGGCUGCAGACCAAUUCAAAAUGCAACUUUCGAACCAUUUCUCUACCUCAAAAAAGUAAAAACGUUCCGAUUUCUUCUGUUUAGACCCCUCACACUGACGUUGAUACAUAUGCUCGCUUCCAACUAGCAAAAGCUAACGAUCUGAGAGAACAUCUUUUAGAACAGGUUCGAAAAAAAAAAAUUCCCAUUUGUAAUUGAUUUUUCUUUUCGAUAUGUCGUCACGUACGCUAAUUUAUUAAAAAAAAGCAAUACGAUAAUAAAAUUGAAGGAAAAAAUAAAUAAAUUUCGCUGUUAUACGAAAUAACUGGUAAUUUCUUUUGGCCUUUCAAAAACAGUCAACCGAUUUUUCAACAGGCCAUAUUCAUAUAAAUCUUUUAAACCAGAAUUUUCAGAAAAACAGUCUACAAGCUGAACUCGAAAAAGAAGACGAAGCAAUCUCUCACUUACAAUCCCAAUUGAACCUAAUUAAACUUCAAUCACAAGAGGAAAAAAAGUCAGAACGUCAAGAGAAGCAAUUAUCUGCUAAUAACGACGUCGCCAAGGCAGAGUUGAAUAAUUUGAGGUUUAUCAAAGAUAUAAAAAGGUCGGAUUUUGAUAAAUCAGGUCAAAAGCAAGGGAGCUCAACCAGAAGAUUAUGCAGUUGAGCGGAGCCAACGACAAGGAAAUCGAAGCCAAAAGAAUCGUUCUUCGAAAGCUCAAAGCAAAACAUCACGAAGCUUGGAUGACGUUGAACGCUCUUCAGAAGGUGAUAAAUGACGUCAUCUGAAUAUGAAUAAAGGCGAGAAACGGCACUUUGAAAAACUUUGAGUUCAUCAGAGCUUCAUGCCGCCGAAAUCUAAAAAGUCGGUUGAGCGUUCAGUCAUGACAUUUAUAUCAGGAAAUUUAAAAAGUCAAAUAAAAAACCUUUCAGAAACUACAACUUCGCGUGAACCAACGAGACGACGCGGUGGAUCGAGCUAGAAGUGUCGCGAAUCUUUCGACUAACGUCAGGAAUGACCGUCAACGCGAAAUCGUGAAGCUGAACAGAAAUAUUCAAGAGAAAGAAAGGCUUCUAGGCUUGAAAGGCUGA